UCUCUUCCUCACUCCAUCAACAUGUGCGGCGGCGCUAUCAUCUCCGAUCCCGUCGUCGACACCACCUUCUCCGACCUCCUCGGCCUCGGCCUCGACCUCUCCGCCAAUUCUUCACACCCCUCUCAAGUCAAAAUUGAGAACCCCAACGGCUGUGAAGAAGCACCGGCGGCGGCGGCGACGGAGGGAGUGGCUGGUGAAGUCAAGAAGCCUAAAAAAAUUCGCAAAACCAAAUACAGAGGAAUCCGGCAGCGGCCGUGGGGAAAAUGGGCCGCUGAGAUUCGAGACCCACAAAAGGGCCUCCGUGUUUGGCUCGGUACCUACAACACCGCUGAAGAAGCUGCCAUAGCUUACGACCAAGCCGCGGUAAGAAUCAGAGGCAAAAAGGCCAAACUCAACUUCCCUCACCCACCGCCGCCGCCGCAACAACAUCUCCCACCAAACAACAUCGAACCCACCUUGGAAUCAUUUUUGGGUCUCUACCCCUCGCCCUCGGUGGAGCCCUCGGCCGACCUCUGGUGGGUCGAUGAUCUUCUCAUAUAUCAACAACAAAAUUUUCAACUCUAAAAAUUCCCAAAGCCAUUAAAAAUUUGACAACUAAAAUAAAUAAAUAGAUGUCAGAUUUUAACUACGAACUCAUCCAUCCAUCGAAAGGUUACAUAUUUUAGUUACAAUAUGGUAUGUUAAUGAGAUAUAAUGUUAUGAAUGAGACAAAAGUUUAUAAAAAUUAAGAUAUUAAAUUGGGUGUGUUUUUGUGAA